GCGACUAUGCCACCGGCAACAUCAGGACGGAAGGGGAACGCGGGGCAGGCAGCUGGAGGUCACCAGCGCAAGGGGAAGGCGGCGGCAGCAAAGGGUGCGGUGGCUCCGGUACAGGACCCGGACGAGGACACGAAUGCCGGCUUCGGGAAGUAUUUAAGAUCGGAAGAAGGUAUCGAAAUGAUGAAGCUGUUCGUGAUCGCCAACACGAUUGUGGUGUUCGUUACGAUGGCUUGGCCACAGAUGCAACAGUCCUAUCGCAUCCUGCGCUCGCUUGUGUUUAACGACGAGGACGACGACUCUGAUGAACUGUAGGCGGGUGUGUGUGUGUGUGUUUACUGAGUGAUGUU